ACAAGAGUUGACUUUGCCAGAAAACCAGAACAGAAUUCCAAGAUUGGUUCUUCAACCAUCAAAACGUGACAGAAGAGGGUUCUUCCUGCAUCAAGUGAAAGAAGCAAAACUCAGCAGGAGGAGGAGACGAGAGUCUCUGAUCUUGAAAAAGAAAUGAGUCAGAACAUGAUUGCCCUUCUGAUUGGAUCUGUUGGUGCAGUAUUGACCUUAUCUGCAUACUCACAAACCUUCAUAUCCCCAACUCAAUGCAUCACACUUGGCCUGAUCGUCCUCGUGUUUGGUUUGCUCGUACGAGAAGGUCUAUUAUCUAUCUAGUUCCUCAUCCUUUCCUUGUCUGGGUUUUACUUUCCUCUUGCUGUCUCAAUUUUCUCACUAAUCCUGAAGUUCACUACGUCUCUUGCUUAUAUGUAAUGUUUUUUAAUUUGUUUCAUAUUUCAAAUGCGAACCUAAUUCUGUGAGUUUUAUGUUAUGAGAAGUCUCCCUUCAAUGA